CUCAGAAACCAGACCCCCACUUCACCCACUCAACAAUGGCAAACAUCUUUUGGAAAAACCUUCACCUCUGCUUCCCAUCAAAGCUCAAACCAUUAGAAUCUGAAUCUUCUCAAUCUCUCAUUCCACCUCUCUCAAACCAAGAUUCUCAUAGUUACACCCAUCCAUCUUCAGUGGCAGCGGCGGCGUUUCCAAUCAAGAACUUCAACUCCCUCUAUGACUUCUCCUCUUCUGCCUCCACCUCCAAGUCCAUCAUCACACACUCCACCGACAGGUCAGACAUAGACACCGACUCCGAGAGCGACUCUCCCCCAGAUUUCGCCACCCUUUUCGCCUCCCAGCGCUUCUUCUUCUCCUCCCCUGGCCUCUCCAACUCCAUCGUUGAGUCUCCAGACACCAAACCUCGGGACUCCAUCGAGAUACCACCGCUCAACGGAGGCGUGGCAGUCAAGAAAUUCUCACCGGAUCCAUAUAGAGAUUUCCGGUGUUCGAUGCAGGAAAUGAUUGAAUCUAGAAAUGUAAAGGACGUCAGUAGCGACUGGGAGUUUCUUCACGAACUGCUGUUCUGUUACCUUACCUUAAACCCAAAGCAGACCCACAAAUUCAUCAUCAGCGCUUUCGCCGAUAUCAUAAUUAGCUUAUUCUCUUCGUCAGAUCCAGAUAGUCUCCGAAGACCAGAAAGCUACCUUGAUGAUACAAAUUAGAGUCUGUUGUUUUACAGUUCGGAACGUUAUGUUGGGAAAUAUAAAUUAACUCCCUUUGUUUAUCUGUUUUGGGUGUUGCAUGGAGUUGCUUUUGCGUCUUUGGUCGAAGAAGGAUGUUGGAUAAAUCAUAGAAGAAGACAAUUUAUGUAAUUGAUAAUUGCGAAAGCAAGAGAGAAGGCAUGAGAGAUGCUAAUGGCUUCAGUAAUGUCUCCAUAUAUUCAUGUGUUGCUGUGGAUUUUUUUUUUUUUUUUAUGCAAUCAAUUUCAUGACAUGUAAAAUCUGUAGCUUAGUCACUUCAGAGAAAGGGAUUUGCAACAUUGUAAUUUGUAAAAUGCGCCUGUGUUAAUUGGCAAUGGUAUGUUUGUUUGUCCUUGUGUUUCUUGUGGUCCUCCUUACAGCUAUCCCAAUUUUGGUCAGGAAUGAGGAAUAAUAAUCAUUAGGCUGAAUU